GGGGCCAAUUUCAAAGCUGUGGGCGUUUAAAACACUUUUGGUUUUUGUUUUUUUUGACAUAAAAACAUUUACCAUAUUUAGGACUCCGAUUAACCCGUCGGAGUCUGAUUUUCUCUCUCUCACUCAUUCAAACACAAUUUCAGUAAACAAUUUGUCACCAUAUUUCACGACUCAAAAUGGCGACUGCAAUCAAAGUCGUCUUCGGUCUACUCACAUUUGUCACUAUUGGCAUGAUCAUCGGUGCUUUAUUUCAGUUAGCAUUCAUAUCUCAGCUCGAAGAUUCAUCUGGCACGGGUCUUCCAUCAUCUAGAAAGAUGCAGCAAAUACAGGCUGAAGGCUAUCUUCCCUUGUCCACAGGCAUUGUUGGUUGGGGUAAUGACAAAGAAGCUGCUCUUUUACGCCUUGGACUUGUGAAGCCUGAGGUGAUUAGUUGGUCACCCCGAAUCAUUGUCCUGCAUAAUUUUUUGAGCAUGGAGGAAUGUGAUUAUUUGAGAGCUAUAGCUUUGCCUCGCCUACAGGUUUCUACUGUGGUCGACACAAAAACUGGAAAGGGAGUUCGAAGUGAAGUUCGGACAAGUUCUGGAAUGUUUUUACAUCCAGAUGAGAGGAAGUAUCCAUUGAUAGAGGCAAUAGAAAAAAGAAUUUCUGUUUACUCUCAAGUACCAGCAGAGAAUGGGGAGCUCAUUCAAGUUUUAAGGUACGAGAAGGAUCAAUUUUACAAACCCCACCAUGACUACUUUUCUGAUUCUUUUAAUGUGAAGCGAGGUGGUCAAAGAGUUGCAACAAUGCUUAUGUACUUAAGUGACAAUGUUGAAGGGGGUGAAACAUAUUUUCCUAUGGCUGGUUCUGGUGAAUGCAGCUGUGGUGGGAAGAUGGUUUCAGGAAUGUCUGUAAAACCACUCAAAGGAGAUGCCGUUCUUUUUUGGAGUAUGGGUCUUGAUGGACAACCUGAUCCACGUAGUUUACAUGGUGGAUGUGAAGUGCUUUCUGGCGAGAAAUGGUCGGCUACCAAAUGGAUGAGGCAGAGAGCCUUAGCUUAGCACCCAACAUAUGGCUGAUACGAAAAUCCUUUCCUUUCAUUCUUGAAAGCAAGACUCUCAAAUGUGUUCCCUCAUUUUUUAGUCUGAUACAUAGAGGAUAACUGCCAUGUGACAUCGGCUGGAUUUAGAUAUAAGAGAGAUAGAGUAGGUUAGUUAGAAGACUUGUACAGCGAACCACAGAGUUUUGCUUCUCAACUGAACUCUUAGAGAUCUCCAUAUAUACAUAUCAUGUAAUUAUAGGAAACGCCAUUUAUCUGC